GUGCUUGCUCAAGUACACAAUUUCGUUGCGAUAAUGGUCGCUGUAUACCCGCGCAUUGGAGAUGCGACUCACAUAUGGAUUGUGACGAUGGCAGCGACGAAAUUGGAGACUGCGCAUCAAACCGUAAUUGCCGUCCAGGUCAGUUUCAGUGCGAGCUGACGCAAAAGUGCCUACACAUCGGUUGGAUGUGUGAUGGUGAGCCCGACUGCGGCACGUCGCCGGAGUUGGGUCCCGACACAUCCGACGAAGAUCCACACCAGUGUCAACAGGGAAAACUUUGCUCGUGGAAUGAGGCACGGUGCGGAGAAACUCUUGAAUGCCGUCCACUCAGCCUGUUUUGUGACGGACACGGUGAUUGUCCGGACAAUAGCGACGAAUGGGAUUUUUGUAGGAACAAAACUUUGUGUAGCAAUCAACAGUGUGAAUAUAAGUGUAAGCCGACGUUGACGGGUCCUAUGUGUUAUUGCGCAGAUGGAUAUAGGGUUAAGGGUACUAAGUGUGUGGAUGCGAAUGAGUGUGAUAUUGAUGGAACCUGCGCCCAGACUUGUAAAAAUACAGUGGGUUCCUUUACAUGUUCUUGUGUUCCGGGAUAUGUGAAAAAUGGUACAGACUGUCAGGCAGUUAAUGUGCCUCCCACAGAAGAAGCUUCUUUAAUAUAUUCCACUCGUACAAAAAUUCGACGAUUAAGUUUAAAUGGAACGAUAUGGCCGGGAAAUUCGACGUUAAAACUAUUAACUAGCAACUCUCUAGAAUUUUCUCACAGAAAUCGAUCGGCAUGCUACAUCCAUUACAAUCUAACUAAGACCGCCAUAGUGUGUGUCAGUAUUGACGAUAUGAGUCAAAGUUGGGAACUGGGCACGCCUUCAAAUUUUCCCGAAGUCGAUUCCAUACAACAGAUGGCGUUAGAUUGGGUCUCCGGAAAUUGGUACUUUCUUGAUGAUGUUCACGAAGUUAUUUUAUUGUGUACCAGCUCGUUAGCUUGGUGCAAUAUACUUCUAGAGCAUAAAUUGAGCAAGCCUCGAGCAAUAGCGCUAGACGCAACUAAGGGUUACAUGUUCUUUACUAAAUGGGGCCAUACCGCGCCGAUGUUGGAAAGGUGCAAAUUGGACGGAUUGGAACGAACUCCGCUUGUAGUACAUAAAAUAGUCUAUCCUUAUGGGGUUGCUGUCGAUUUCCCCACAAGUCACGUGUACUGGGUGGACACGUACUUAGAUUAUGUGGAACGUAUUGAUUAUAAUGGUGAAAAUAGACGAACUAUCAUGAAGGGAUUUCCUGUGCAGAAUCUCUACGGGAUCACUGUGUUCGAAAGCCGGUUGUUUGUUUCCUCUUGGCAUAACGACACCAUUCGAGAGUUGCACAAGAUGAAAUUAACGGAAAGGCAAAUUUUAAAAGAUGAAGAAAGGCCGUUUAAUUUGCACGUAUUUCACCGGCAAAGACAACCUGAUGUUUCUCAUCCUUGUAAAACAAACAACGGUGGUUGUCAACACUUUUGCAUCCCGUACUGGCUGAAGAGCAAUCCUGUUGCGAAAUGCGUUUGCGCUUCUGGCUAUACAUUGCUGCCAACUGGAAACUGUACCAUUGAAAAACCCACAACAUUCUUAGCAGUUGCAAGGAGUAAACCGGCAUCGAUUAAAGGAAUCCCAUUGCAGGGUGGUAGGGACGCCAUGGCGCCGAUAAUGGGUUUAUCUCAACCUAUGGCGAUUGAUUUCGACAUCGCAUCUGAUACCAUAAUAUAUUCAGAUGGUAAACAGUCAACAAUAAAGCUGUCAAAAAUGAAUGGAACAAUUAAUUCUGUAUCUUUAAAUCUCAUCAUGGAAAGAUGCGAGGGGCUAGCAUUUGAUUGGAUGGCAAAGAAUCUCUACUGGACCGAUGAAACCCUGGGACGUAUCAGCGUGGUGCGCAUGUCCAAUUUUAAAAAUAAAAAGAUUCUCAUUCAAAGCCACAAUAUGCAUCCAAGAUCCAUAGUUGUACAUCCUAAAAAGGGAAUAAUGUACUGGGCUGACUGGUCGCACAUACUACCCGGUAACGGAUCCAUCCAGCGUUCUUGGAUGAACGGAGAAAAUCAGGAGACUUUUCUUCAGCAUGAAAUCGAUUGGCCGACUGGAUUGACAAUAGAUUUAGUUGGAAAGAAACUGUACUGGUGCGAUGCGCAUCUUAAAAGGAUAGAAAGUGUCAACUUCGAUGGUAAUAAUAGAAAUUUGGUACUUUCGGUAGGGAUAAAUCGUCCGUUUGGUUUGGCUUUGCAUCGGAAGGCGAUUUAUUUUAUCGAGUAUGUAUUGGGGAGUGUUAUGGCGUAUUUUCCAGAGAAUGGGACGGUCGUGAAAAUCGUUGACAACAAUCCUCCUAUUUUUGAUAUUAAAAUUUACGAUUCAAAGUUACAAACAGGUGAAAAUGCAUGUUCUCAAAAUAAUGGCAAUUGUACGGAGUUAUGUUUGAGUACUCCCUCAAAGAGUGUAUGCGCCUGUUCAGAUGGAUACAAAUUAACGAAUGACGGAAGAUCGUGCACCAAAGACAGCACUUACGUAAAACCGUCCAUAUGCGAUGACAGCUUCUUUAAAUGCAAACAAUCGCCCCUUAACGCAAGCGUGUGUAUUCCUAUGGAAAGAGUUUGUGACGGGGCGGCGGACUGUCCUGAUGCAUCCGACGAGUCUGUCGAGCAAGGCGGUCCCUGCGAGAAUGUGGUCUGCAACGAUAGCCAACAUAAGUGUGACGGGACAAUGUGCAUUGCAAAGUACUGGGUGUGCGACGGUGACAAGGAUUGCUUUGAUGGCAGCGACGAAGACCCAAAAUUGUGCACGGGACAAUGCAAUGAUCGACAUUUCACCUGUGAGAAUAGUAAACGGUGCAUUCCGCAAGAGUGGAAGUGCGAUUCGGUUGUCGACUGUGGCCCAAACGAUAACAGCGAUGAAAAAUAUUGCACGGUCGCCGGGUGUAGUAUUAUGGAAUUUAAGUGCAAUAAUUCACGGUGCAUUUCUAUCAAUAUGUAUUGUAAUGGAAUUGACGAUUGUAAAGAUGGGUCAGACGAAAUGGGUUGUGCUAUUUGCAACCCUGUAACUGAGUUUUUCUGUCCAGCUAGUAAGGCUUGUUUGCCCGUCAGCUUGCGAUGUGAUAAAAAAAUGGAUUGUGGGGAUGGAUCUGAUGAAUUUGACUGUGAAGAGAAGAACUUUCAUGUUUGUGAGCCGUUUGAAUUUAAAUGCAAAAGCCUUGAGUGUAUACCUAAACAAUUCGCUUGUGAUGGAAGGUUAGAUUGCAUCGACGGAUCUGACGAGCAGGGCUGUUCAAUUACAUCCAUAAAAAAUACUACGUUUAAUUCAGUGACAACCUACGGUUUAGAGUGUGAACAUCCUUCACGUAUGUGCGAUAACAAUACUGUCUGCAUCACCGCCGAUCAAUUGUGUAACAAUCACGAAGACUGUCAGGAUGGAAGUGAUGAGGGAUUGAGGUGUGUCGAAAUGUUGUGCGAACAUAGCCUGGUGUGUUCUCAUACAUGUCAUAAUGCACCCGAGGGGCUGGUUUGCUCGUGCCCUCCGCCUUUACAUUUGCAACAAGAUCAAAUGCGUUGCCUCGAAGCGCAUCCUUGCGAGGAUUGGGGCACCUGUUCUCAGAUUUGUACUCCGAUUCGUACGCGUCAUAAGUGCUCUUGUCUUCCUGGUUAUACUCUUACGAAUGAUGGGUUUACUUGUAAAAGCGACGAUCCCGGAAUUCCCCUGGUGAUAUUUAGUAACAGACACGAACUAAGAGGUGUUAACUUGAACAACUACAAUGCCAAAGCCCUGAUUUCUAGUUUAAAAAAUACAAUUGCGCUAGAUUUCUAUCAUUCUGAAGAUGCUGACAUGGUAUUUUGGACUGACGUAAUUGACGACAAGAUUUAUUCUGGUACAGUGGUGGGCGGUUCAUUAAGUAACAUUGAAGUAGUCGUACAAACUGGAUUAUCGACGGCUGAAGGAUUAGCUGUUGAUUGGAUAGGCAAAAAUUUGUAUUGGGUUGAAAGUAAUCUGGACCAAAUCGAAGUCGCCCGUUUAAAUGGAAGCUUUCGUCGAACCUUAGUUGCUGGCGAUAUGGAGAGUCCCAGAGCAAUAGCGUUAGAUCCAAGAGACGGUUUACUGUUUUGGUCUGAUUGGGAUAACAUGGCACCACGGAUCGAAAGAUGCUCACUGGCAGGGCUAGAUAGAACUGUCGUUGUACGUGUUGAUCAUGUAACAGAUGGCGCUUGGCCCAAUGGGAUAACACUGGAUUAUGAUGCUCGACGUAUUUACUGGAUUGAUGCUCGAUCGGACUCGAUUCAUGCAGCCAAAUAUGAUGGUACUGAUCACCACGAAAUCAUGCGUAAUCACGAGAUGCUUUCCCAUCCUUUUGCUAUCACCCUGUACGAAAAUUACAUAUACUGGACUGAUUGGCGGACUAACAGUGUGGUGCGUGCCAACAAGUGGACUGGUGGUGAUGUUUCAGUGAUACAGCGUACAUUGACGCAGCCGUUCGACAUUCAGAUUUUACAUGCCAGUCGACAACCUCACGAUGGUUCCAAUCCAUGCGGGGAAAAUAACGGUGGAUGUUCCCAUCUCUGUUUGUUGCACACAAAUAAAACAUACCGUUGUGAUUGUCCCCAUGUUAUGAAAUUAGAUGUCGAUAAUCGGACAUGUGUUGUCAACGAACGAGUGCUGCUGAUUGCGCGUUCAAACGAAAUUCGCGGGGUCGAUCUCGUACAACCAUACUAUCACACCAUUCCCACGAUUAGCUCACCACAGGUACUAAAUCCAAGUCAAUUAGAAUUUUUGGGAAAAAAUAAUACCUUAUAUUGGUCAGAUUCGCAAGUGAGCGAGGUGAAACGUUCAGGUUUAACCACUGGACCUACAGAGACACUGAUCGACACCGGAAUACAAAGACCGUCGGGAUUAGCCGUCGAUUGGUUAUCGAAUAAUAUUUUUAUCGGGUCGCCUGCGGGUAUAUCGGCGUGCAAUUUAGACGGCGAAUAUUGUACCGCGAUUGUUGAGGACGUUGAGAUUAUUAGUUUGGUCGCCGAUCCCGCGCGAGGUAAACUUUAUUGGAUUGCCGUUUUUGAAGGUAACGCUAGUAUUGAAACCAGCGCAAUGGACGCUAGCGAUCGAACUGUUAUUGUCGCCAAUCUGUCAACGAAUUCAAAAAGUUUAAGCAUUGAUUUACCCACGAACCGUUUAUAUUGGGUAAGUGACUAUGAAGUUUAUUACGCAAGCCUCGAAGGUGGCGAUGUUUCUAAACUACAAUUACCUGCGCAAGUAUCGAUAGCCGCGGCUGUCGUGUACCAGGAUUAUGUCUAUUAUGCAGAUGACGAUGAUCAGUCGAUACAUAAGGCGAACAAGUCCUCCGGUAACGGUGAUGUUAUUUUACGAAACGGUACCGGAUCAGUUUUGGCCUUACGAAUUUACGAUCCCGAUCUACAGAAAGGGAAUCAUCCUUGUGGGAUAAACAAAGGUGGAUGCGCGCACUUGUGCUUAGCGGUAAACGAAACGAGUUACACUUGUCAAUGUGCAUCUGGCUAUGUCAGUGAUCCAGACAAUCCUGCACUUUGUAACAGUGUGCCAACUUACUUAAUCUAUUCUUUAACGUGGGAAAUUCGCGGUCUCUCUUUGGAUGGUGAUAACUCCACGAGAGUUUUAGGACCGAUAUCGCGUGUAUCGAUGGCAAGCGCAAUUGAUUUCGUUGCCGAUCAAGAGUUAAUAUUAUGGACUGACAGCGAUCACGGCAUUAUUACCAGUAUUAAAACUGACAGUACUCACCGCAAGGUGGUGGUUGAACAAAUCGAGGGGCGAGAAAGCGUGCCGGUGGACUGGCUAAACGGACUUGCAGUGGAUUGGGUAGCUAAAAAUAUUUAUUGGUGUGAUCCAAAAAGGGACGUCAUCGAAGUGUCACGUCUGAACGGCUCGGCACGCUACGUUGUAGUAUCAGAAAACAUUGGGAAAUUGGCAUCAUUAGUUAUUGAUCCGAUCGCAGGCGUAUUGGUGUGGGGUGGGGCCUCUCACAUCGAAAAAUCCGGUUUGGACGGUUCAAAUAGAAGAUUACUUUACAAUCAGUCUCUGGUAAUAUCUGAUCUUGGGCUCGAUUUAGAGAAUCGACAAAUCUAUUGGACCGAUUCAGAAGCUAAUAGUAUCGAAAGAAUAAACUAUGAUGGUUCUGACCAUGUGGUUCUCCUCAAUCAGUCCCUCGAAAAUCCAGUGGCUCUAACAAUAUUUAACAAUUCGAUAUAUUGGCUUGAUAGUACACACGACCGUGGCAGCAUAAAGGUGGCGCCCUUAAACAAUUUGUCUGACUAUGAGACAUUGUUAAGACAAGGAGGGGACUCGUUGAGAGACAUUCAAAUAUUCUCCAAGUUAAAGCAAGUUGGUACAAACCCAUGCGCUUUUAAUAAUGGGGGUUGUCAGCAGUUGUGUCUAUUUAAUGGUACGGAUCCUGUAUGCGCCUGUCCGCAUGGAAUUCUUGCCAAUGAUGACAAAACCUGUAAAGAUUACGACAGCUUCAUAAUGUAUUCACGAGUUGUUAGCAUAGACUCAAUCCAUAUGACCAACGCCACCAUACACAACUCGCCCUAUCCGAGUAUAAAAAACGAAAGUUUCAUGCGAAAUGCGAUCGGGCUCACUUUCGACUACAACCAGCGCCGCCUGUAUUAUUCCGACAUACAACGCGGUUCAAUCAAUACGGUCCACUUUAACGGAUCUGGACAUGCAGUUUUAGUUGCAAGGCAAGGGUCAGUGGAAGGUCUGGCGUUUGAGCAGUUGUAUAAGGCGUUGUAUUGGACGUGCAAUAAUGAUGCCAGUAUCAACCGUAUUAAUUUGACCAAUUACGGAAGUAACGCAUCCGAGGUGGAGGCUAUAGUUAAACUUCGGCCGCAAGACAAACCACGCGGCAUUGCAGUUGACAGUUGCGGGGGUCAAGUUUUUUGGAGCAAUUGGAAUUCUCAUCAACCGAGCAUUGAACGCGCAUUUUUAACCGGCUAUGGACACGAGGUGAUAAUCAACACUGAGAUACGCAUGCCGAAUGCGAUGACCUUGGACCAUCAAGCGCAUAAAAUAUAUUGGGGGGAUGCGAGAUUGGAUAAGAUAGAACGUUGCGAGUAUGAUGGUAGUGGUCGAGUGGUGUUGGCGAAGUUAACCCCCCAACACCCUUUUGCAUUAGCAGUUUAUGGUGAUUUUAUAUUUUGGACUGACUGGGUGUUACAUGCGGUUUUGCGAGUCGACAAACUAACGGGACAAAAUGUGGUGUGGCUGAGGCAAGAUAUUUCUAAACCAAUGGGAAUUAUUGCUGUUGCCAAUAAUACAGACGACUGCUUUUCCAACCCCUGUCUAUCAUUAAAUGGUGGAUGUGAAGAAAUUUGUAGUCUCACACCCGAAGCUACAGUGCAGUGCGCUUGCUUGGAGGGACGAAUUCUCGCCGACGAUGGCAGACGAUGUUUCAGUAAAUUAUCGUCGUGCACAGAUGAAUCGUUUCGUUGUUCUGAUGGCGGCUGUGUACCUUUUCAGGUAACAUGCGAUGGAAUUGUGCAUUGCUCUGACGGUUCAGACGAAGAACCAGGGUAUUGCGGACAUCGAAGUUGUCCUCUUGCUUGGUUCCAAUGCCUAAACAAACGAUGUGUUCUAUCCAAUUUAACUUGCAACGGUGUUGAUGAUUGCGGAGAUUUCACUGAUGAACUGAAUUGUUCAUGUUCGGAUAAGAAUCAUUUUCGAUGCACCAGCGGUGAGUGUAUACCGCGGAAUUUCCGCUGCGACCGGGAUCCCGACUGUAGAGAUGUCAGUGAUGAGAUGGGAUGUGAGAUUCGUAAUUGUAGUCGCGAAAUGCGCGACAUGAACUUUGUAAACUGUCCCAAUACCACAGCAUGCGUGCAUAGGGAAUGGUUUUGUGACGGAGAGAACGAUUGCUGGGAUAAAUCAGAUGAACAGAAUUGCCGGAGUACAGAAUUGAAUAAGUGCAAUUUUAACGAAUUCCAAUGCUUGAAUGGCAACUGUAUUAAAUUAGAAGCACGCUGCGAUGGACGCAACGAUUGUAAGGAUGGCAACAAGGACGGUGUCAGUUCUGAUGAACGAAAUUGCAAAGGAAGAUGUAGAGUAAAUGAACUUAUGUGUAAGAGUGAUGGGAGCUGCAUUUCCAGUUUGUUGCACUGCAAUGGCCAACCUGAUUGUCCGGACGGUUCUGAUGAACUUGAUUGCAAGCAAUGCCGUUCUGAUCAGUUCAGAUGCACGACAGGAGAAUGUAUUCCAAUCUCGUGGCAAUGUGACGGGCAACCGGAUUGUGCGGAUCAGACUGAUGAGACCGAACAUUGCCGUCUGCGUGAAUGCGGCACCUGGGAAUACCUGUGCAACAGUACCGGGCGAUGUAUACCAUGGGGUUGGGUCUGUGACGGAGAAGCGGAUUGUCAAGAUAUGGCCGAUGAACACGAAGAACAAGGAUGCAAGGCUUCAUCGUGUUUAUCCGACUAUUUUCAGUGUGCAGAUCGUACUUGUAUUUCGACUCUUUUCUAUUGCGAUGGCGAUUUUGAUUGUGCGGAUAAAAGUGACGAACCCCCUCUAUGUCAACCCCAUUGUCUCGACGGGGAAUUUCGAUGUGACAAUGGAAAAUGUGUUAUGGAAAUGAUGAAAUGUGAUGGCCAUGAUGAUUGUGGCGAUGGUUCAGAUGAAAGCAAAGUUUGUAAAGAUAACACGAGUUAUUGCACUGGUGACGGUUGGUUUACGUGCAAUAAUGGUGUAUGCCUUAAUGACAGUCUUCUUUGCAAUGGCGAAGAUAAUUGCGGUGACUUCAGCGACGAAAAUAAGUGCAAUAUCAACGAAUGCUCUUCAGCUAAACCUCCAUGUGCCCACAAAUGUGUAGACAAACCUGUAGGAUACGAAUGCAGAUGUAAUGAUGGUUUUAAAUUAAGUACGAAAGAUAAUCACCUUUGCGAAGAUAUAAAUGAAUGUGACAGCUAUCCGUGUAGUCAAAAGUGUCGUAAUACCAGAGGAUCGUUUCAUUGCUCCUGUGUGGAUGGUUAUGUUUUACAUUCGGACCGAAAAUCAUGUCGCGCCAAUUCGACAAUCCCUGCAAAGUUAAUACUGGCGAACAGAUACUACAUACGAGAGGUGGAUUUGGAUGGUCAUUCUACCUUGGUGGCGCACAAUCUUACAAAUGCUGUCGCAUUGGAUUAUGAAUGGAAGUCCCAGUGCAUUUUUUGGUCUGAUGUAACAGCAUUUGGCAGUUCUAUAAAACGACUAUGUAAUAAUACUGUCAAUAGCAUUGUUGAGGAUUUACAUUCUGCUACAUUACAAAAUCCUGAUGGGCUAGCGGUAGAUUGGAUUGCACACAACCUGUACUGGUGUGACAAGGGCUUGGAUACUUUAGAAGUAUCUUCCCUGGAUGGAAAAUAUCGGAAAAUUUUAAUUAAUGGCGGACUAGAUGAGCCUAGGGCAGUCGCGGUUGAUCCUCUACGUGGUUACUUAUACUGGAGCGAUUGGGGUACACAAGUUCAUAUUGGAAAGGCCGGUUUAGAUGGCUCCAAUCAACAAGUGAUUAUCAAUUCGAGCUUAGGUUGGCCAAAUGCUCUAAGUGUCGCGUACGACACCAACGAAUUGUUUUGGGCCGAUGCCAGGGAAGAUUACAUUGCAGUAUCCGAUUUGGAUGGGAAUAAUAUAAGAAUUGUAGCUAGUCGUUCGAAGUCGCCUCAGGUACAACUUCAUCAUGUUUUUGCGUUGUCAAUUUGGGAAGAUUUUGUGUAUUGGACCGACUGGGAGACGAAGUCUAUCGAACGUUGUCAUAAAUACCACGGCGAUCAAUGCUCGUCGUUAUUCUUCACAGUGCAUCGACCUAUGGACAUUAAACUUAUCCAUCCGUUUCGACAACCCGAGAAAGCAAAUCCCUGCGAAAAUGCAAACUGCUCUGCUUUAUGCUUAUUAAAUCCUGAACCUCCAUUCUACACGUGUGCGUGUCCAGAAAAUUAUAUACUAGGAACAGAUGGCCGUGGCUGUAUUUCUAAUUGUUCUUCCGCACACUUUGAGUGUAAAUCGACUUAUAAAUGUAUACCAUUUUGGUGGAAGUGCGACACGCAGAAUGACUGUGGAGAUGGUAGCGAUGAACCAGAAGAUUGUCCGCCGUUCAAGUGCAAACCUGGACAGUUUCAGUGUAAAAAUGGCCACUGUAUUCAUCCAUCAGAACUGUGCAAUGGACACAACGAUUGCUCUGAUAAUUCAGAUGAAAUGGAUUGCCAACAUUAUACUUGUUUAAACAACCAAUUUCGCUGUCCCGGAAAUGAAUCUGUGACCGCCAGAUGUAUCCCUUCGAGUCAGAGAUGUGAUCGAAACAAGGAUUGUCCGUUGGGCGAGGAUGAAUUUAAAUGCCCUCCUGCUACAUGCCCACCAAAUCAGUACAAGUGUAACAACGACAAGUGUAUACCAACAGUGUGGGUUUGUGACAACGACAACGACUGUGGAGACGAAUCCGAUGAACUGCAAGAUUGCGGUAAACGUUCCUGUCCACUUGAUCACUUUAGGUGCAGUUCCGGUCGCUGUAUUCCAAUGUCUUGGCAAUGUGAUGGUGAUCCAGAUUGUUCAGAUGGUGAAGACGAACCUCCUACUUGCAGUCAACCUGAAUACCACGCAUGCGAGCCCACUUACUUUAAGUGUGCCAAUAAUAAGUGUAUUCCCGGACGCUGGCAUUGCGAUUAUGACAAUGACUGUGGUGACGGAUCAGAUGAAUUGGGAUGCUUGCCACGUAAUUGCUCGGAGUCCGAGUUUCGUUGUGAAGACGGGCGUUGUAUUCAUGGCAGUUUCCAAUGCGAUGGAGAGUAUCAGUGUGAUGAUAAGUCGGAUGAAAUGAAGUGUCAUUCGAAAUGCAAGAAUAAUGAAUUCCAAUGUACUCAUCCACAAUUUUGUAUAUUCCUACAAUGGAAAUGCGAUGGUGAUACCGACUGCGCAGAUGGUUCUGACGAAGUCAACUGCAGUGAUACAUGUCCAGAUAACGGUUUUAAAUGCAAUAAUGGUUUGUGUAUAAAUGAGGACUGGAGAUGUGACGGCCAAAAUGAUUGCGAGGACGGAUCCGACGAGUCUCUAGCUUUAUGCGUAACAUUGGCGUGCCCUCCUGGACGAUUACGUUGCCGGAAUCAUCGAUGCGUCCCGAUAAGUGCGGUGUGCGACGGUCGUGAUCAGUGCGGUGAUAAUAGUGACGAAGAUCCUCUCGCGUGUCGCAGCUUUGGCAAGUGCGCCGCUCAUCAAUACCGUUGCCGUAGUGGGCAUUGUAUUGACGCGCAGUUACAGUGUGAUGGCGAAAAUGACUGUGAAGAUAACAGCGAUGAAGAAGAUUGUAAUAAUUCGGUGUGCCGCUGGGGUACUUGUUCGCAAACGUGUGUGGUUCGCAAACAUGGCAACUAUACUUGCAAAUGUAAUGCUGGGUAUCAUCAUACUAGGGAUGGGGGAUGCCAAGCGCAAGGUGCCCCCGCACAGUUGGUUUUAGCGGCGGAGGCAGAAUUACGCCUGAUGUCACCUUACAAAGCUAGUAUAGCCAACCAAAUCUAUAGUAAAACUGUCCUAGCUACAGCUCCAGGCUAUAAAGUCGAUGCUGUAGACAUAUUUUAUGAUUUACGACAAGUGACCGCAUUUUGGUGCGACCACCUAAAUAAACGAGUUCAAAGUAUGACCUUACCAUUGAAUGAUGGAAGAAGAGUUACUCGCGAAACUGAUAUACGAACGGUAUUAAGCGCGUUGCGGGAACCGAGGGGUUUGGCCGUUGAUUGGGUUGGCCGUAAAUUAUAUGUGAGUGAUUUAAAUCGUAUUAUAGUGGCGACCUUAGAUGGCCACUUGACAUAUACUCUCAUCGACGAUGAAAUGCAACAACCGCGAGAUAUUGUGGUCGCGCCUGCUCAAGGGUUAUUGUUCUGGACUGAUUGGGGCCCUUUACCGAGAAUAGAAACUGCAUACAUGGAUGGAAAUCGUAGACAUGUCCUUGUAACGGCAGGAGUUCUUUGGCCAACCGGACUUGCAUUGGAUCAUGCAGCACAGAGGAUUUAUUGGGCGGAUCCAAAAGCGCUUACAAUCGAAUCUGUGAGAUUAGAUGGCGGCGAUCGGCACGUGGUAAAAGUCUUUACUCAAGAAGAACGGCCUUACAAGCUGGAAGUGUUCGAAGAUAAUUUAUUUGUUUCAACCUAUCACACUCAUAACGUUCUGCGUCUUGACAAAUUCGGCCGUGGAAAUAUCUCUCACCUUGCCCAAGGGCUUCCACGGUUGUCACACAUUCUUAUAGUUCAAGAACAUCGACAAGAGCGGCUAAUUGCAAAUCGCUGCCAGGACUUUUGCCAUACAUCCGAAUUUUGCCUUCUCGCUCCAGGAGGCGCGACGUGCACUUGUGCGGACGGUUUCGUCAAGGAUAAUUUGACGUGCCAAGCGGUUAGUACGUCCGCCACGGCGUGUUCUCUAAAUUGUAAUACAGGCAGUUGCAAGAUAAUUCCAGGACAGGGGCCCAAAUGUAUUUGUCCGCCGAAGUAUGCAGGGGUCCAUUGCGAGCAAUAUCGCUGUUCGCAGUUUUGUAGGAACAAAGGAAUGUGCUACAUCGACUUACUAUCCCCUAAAACUCCAGAUACGCCUCCUCCUCUGGGAUGCAACUGUCCGCCUCAGUGGACAGGCGAACGAUGCGAAAUUCCCGUUAAUAUGUGCGAGAAUUACUGUUACAAUGGUGGAACUUGUUUCAAUCCCAGACCGGAUCAACUCCAUUGCAAUUGUCCGCCUGGAUUCACUGGUGCGCGCUGUCAGGAUUGCGCCCACCUAGAGUGCAAAAACGGUGGCGUCUGUACGCGAACUGAAAACUUCAGCAAUUGCCAUUGCCCCAUAGGGUACUUUGGUCAAAGUUGCGAGAAAUCCGAUUGUGAUCAUUACUGUGUCAAUUCCGGUAGUUGUAAGUUAACCCCUACUGGACCUUGGUGUACCUGUCAGCCUGGAUUUGUCGGCUUGAGAUGCGAACAAAAUGCGUGCUUUCAGCAUUGCCAAAAUGGUGGAACGUGCCGAAUUGGUACCAAACAGCUUGAAUGCGUGUGUCCGCCCCUUUACAGCGGUCGCAGAUGCGAAAUUAAUCAGUGCUUAUUGCCGAAUCCUUUGCCGGAUUGCCGAAACCAUUGCGGUUGUCAAAAUAAUGGAACUUGCGAGGUUCGAGCGGAUAUGGAAGUUUGCAAAUGUACGAGCUUAUGGGGAGGAUCUAAAUGUGAAAUUUAUUUGGGCCACGACAAUCCAUGCAUGGGACGCUGUCACAACGACGGCAUUUGCAAAGUUGGGGGUCCACGCCAUUUGCCGAUCUGUAUCUGUACCGAAGGUUGGACUGGAGAGUUCUGCGAACAGCCUGCCGCCUGCCAGUUUUACUGCGAACACGGAGGAGAUUGUACUGUAGUCGAUGGAAUGCCCACUUGCCAUUGUACUUCUGAGUAUAAGGGCAUGAGAUGUACAGAACUUAUUAGUCGCGAAACGUACGUCGGUGAAAUCGCCGUCGAAGGAGGAAAUGCUGUGCUGUCGACUUUACUGGCUGUGGGUUCUUUUGUGCUGGUUGUAUGCGCGUUGGGUGCCAUUUACUUUAUAUUGCGUCGCAGACAUCCGUUUGCUCACGAGCGACUUCAGGAGAACGAUUUUAAUAAUCCCAUUUACCAAGAACGAGACGCGGAACCUUUUACGUUAGAUGCAGAUAAGUCUGGCAACUUUGCGAAUCCCGUAUAUGAAACGGUUUAUAAUGGCUGCGGAAGUGUAAAGGAAGAAAAGGCGGGCCUUUUGCAAAAUACGGUGGAAGAGCCGCCGCCUCCGUUAAACGAAGAAACGUAGCUAACAUAUCAAAUCUCUAUUAAUUGUAAUUCGCUGUGAAUUGUGCCAUUUUUAUUAAACUAACCACUUAAUGUGGUCUGAUGAAAUACAAACCUGUACACAAUACUCUACUUGCCUCAAUAACUGUAACAAGUACAAUUUUAGUUUAUACAAGCGUUUUUUAUUGUACCUAUUUAUAACUGCUUUCUAUGUGGAAAUUUUUUUUAUUUACCAGGGUAGCUACAAAAAUUAAAUAGGUAGUUUAUUUUGUAUGAAUGUUUCGGGUUACAUAUUUCACGCAUUUAAAAAUUAUUCCUAAAAUUACCAUAUGAAUUUGUUUUUUCUAACCUUCUUGGGUUUCACAAAGGUGUUUUUUUUCAUUUCACCGCGAUACUAAUAACACAUUGUGUCAAUGAAUAUCACCUCGAACACUUUUUAGCAAUCACACAAUGUUUGUCAACGGUACAAAAUACACCAUCUAGUAAUAAGACUGCUGUGGUUCAUCUAUGCUUUUAACCCUAUAUCAUUGGGAAACGAUCGCAAAUGUUUUCAAUUUUACAAAAUUGUAGCCGUUUCGUUUUUUUUAAAGGCAAUGUCGCUACAACUGGUAACGCGGGAUUAAUUUUGGAAUGUCAUCUGAGGUAGUGUAUGUGUUUCAUUAGCAACGAUACUGAUUGUAAUAAGAAUACAUGCUCAAUACUCAUACAGUAAUGUAAAUUAUAUUUUCUAAUUUAAAAUUAAUAUAAUUUAAUUGUAAUUGUAACUGUAAGUUUUUGUAAUAAAUUCAUAAACACACA